AUGGUCCUCGCACCUAUCGAACGUCUCCCCGUCGAGCUUCUGCAGCCCAUCUUCAUUGCCGCUGGCCAUAGUAUUGCACUUAUCGAAGCAUCCACCUACAUCGCAGCACGACUUUCAUCUGAAUACAUUUAUCACUCGGCGUGUAACUACUACCUGACUGAUGUGCGAGGUACACGCGCCGAGCUUUCGGCAGUACAAACCUACAUCUUCGCCAGCAAAUGGAUGACAUGGUCUUUCUUCAAGUCUUGGAUCGUGCGACGGUAUGAUUCCGCGGGAUGUCUCUGUGGACGGACGCCGAAAGAAGGCUGCUUCGAUGCGCAGUGGCCGCCGAACUUUGAAGAUACUUCACAGAUGCUGUUCUCUCGGAGUCACCUACCUCAAAUUUCCGUAGUGAAAGGGCGCCUCCCAAAGAAAUUAUUGUCAGGCCCUUGGAACCGGGAUAAGAUCGAGUUUCUGCGGUUUUUGCUCUGGAUCACUGCUACGACGGUCGAUUGGAUGGAUCCAGAGACUGCGCAAGUGGCCAUCGACGGCAGAAAGCAGGCCAUGCUAGAUCGAAAUCUCGAGGCUGUGGAGCUUUUCAACCACAAUCGUCGCUUGGGUAGACCUGCAGAUUUGGAAAUGGUACUGUUCGUUGUCAUGCACGCUGGUUGCGACCGGUCCAUCGUAUACGACACACUGCUCGCUGCAAAUAUGUGGUACGGACGGAAGACUGCGCGAUGUUCUGCCGAGCUUCAUAAGUGGUGCAAGUGUCGGAUAGCUAAUGGCGAUCCGAAAGGUCGAUGGCUCCAGAAAAAGCUUUGGGAGUCUUGCAUUCUUGAUCACCAGGGGAACGCAGAGACCCAUGAACACAUUGGGCAACAUCUGGACCCUACAACCGAAGCUUACGAGGGAGGACCUGAAGACAUGUUUACUACGCACAAGCUUCAUUGGAACGAGGUGAACCCGCACCGAGGAUGGCUCAUGGCGAGAUCGACGGGUCAAGAUUGCCAGACCAUCAACCACAACAUCAGAUGGCCCGAUGUCAUUCGCUCACCGGGUUAUCGUAUGUACCGGGGUAAUGUCUGCGCUCGUCGGUUACAUUGCUGGGUUGAACAUAAUGGAGCUUCGCGAACCAUCGAGCUCUGGCUUGCACCGCCCGCCUCCCGCAGCAUGCCUGCAGAAAUCCUACGUCAUCGCACCCAGUCCAAAUAG